AAUAUUGUAAAUGCCACGGUUGGUGCAGGUGUAAUUGGCCUUCCAUUUGCCAUCAUGUUAUCUGGAUUUACAUUCGGUUUGUCUCUGGCAGUCUUUGUGGGAAUUCUGACCUACGUGGCACUGUAUUCCCUGGUCCCGUCUGGAAAACGAAUCGGUGCCUAUACCUUUGCGUCCCUGGCAGAGCAUUCGAUGGGUCGAUUCGGUUACCACAUGUUGAAUAUCAUGUUGUUUGCUCAAUCUGCUGGUAGCUGUGUGAGUUACUUUAUCCUGAUAGCUGACACAAUUCCCAUCCUACUUGGCUUGUACUUUCCUCAAUACCCCAUUCUGGCCGACCGUCAGAUUGUUACUGUAGCCGUUUCAAUUCUUAUGGUAUACCCCCUUAAUCUCUUCCGCUCUAUUGGAGCAUUGGCAGCCUGGUCAGCAUUUUCGGUCCUGUUGCUUCCUGUGAUGAUCCUAACCGUCCUAAUUCGUGCACCUGCUUAUGCGCCUCAACACGAUGCUCCCCUUUUCACCAUUGGCCAGGAUCCGUUUGGUGCGAUGGGAAUUAUCACCUUUGCAUUUGUUUGUACCCAGGUCGGAUUCAGCAAUUUCCUCUCUCAGAAGAACCAGUCAACGUCCGCAUGGAGCAUCACAUCAUUCCUGUCUACCGCGAUGAGCUUCAUUAUCUCGAUUAUGUUUGCCGCCAUUGGAUAUCUCAGUUUUGGCAUGGACGUCAACCCCAACAUCUUUGCCAAUUUCCCAGCCGAUGACAAUAUAAUCAAUAUUGGGCGCCUGGCACUCGGUGUCUCCAUGAUCCUCACCGUCCCCAUGGCUUUUUACCCUGCUCGAGACGCAAUCCAGAAGACUCUUGGGUUCGAGUCAGCCUCACGUCAGCCCACGUUCUUCCAGCACCACGUUGUCACUCUGAUUAUGUUUGCCUUCUUUCUUUCGCUUGGCAUCAAUAUCCGCUCUCUGGGUAAAGUAUAUUCUCUGGUCGGUGGAAUCGCGUCGUCGUUCUUGGCUUAUAUUAUCCCGGGCACUUCUUAC